UCCCGGACGGUGUGUGAGGGUCAGGACAGUGGACAAGAUGAAACCCAUUAGGAAAUGGAUAGCUGAGGAGCAUAAGAAGGAGCUGAUCCUACUCUUCAAAGUGUCAUCUCCAAUUUUCCUUUCACAGUUGAUGACCUUUCUAAUCGGUUUUGUCAGUAUGGUGUUCUGUGGCCACCUUGGAAAUAACGAGCUGAAUGCUGUAGCAUUGGCGAUAUCGGUAAUAAACGUCACUGGUAUCAGCAUUGGGUUUGGACUGUCUUCGACCUGUGAUACUCUCAUGUCUCAGACCUUUGGUAGUGGGAAUUUCAAGCAAGUGGGAGUCAUUCUCCAAAGAGGAAUCCUCAUCCUGCUAUUGGCCUGUUUCCCCUGCUGGGCGGUUCUUAUCAACACACAGUCCAUUCUAAUUGCUGUCAGACAGAGUGUUACAAUUGCCAGAUUAUCCCAGCUGUAUGUGGAAAUCGUCAUGCCUUCUCUGCCAGCUACUUUUAUGUACCUUCUACAGGGACGAUAUCUCCAGAAUCAGGGCAUCAUGUGGCCCCAGGUGAUAACUGGGGCCAUUGUGAAUGUUGUAAAUGUACUCAUCAAUUACAUUUUCCUCAAUGUGCUGGAUAUGGGUGUUGCAGGCUCAGCUGCAGCCAACGCGAUAUCGCAGUACGCUCUGGCCGCACUCCUGUUCAUCUACAUUAACUGCCGGGGUCUGCACCGGGCUACAUGGGCAGGUUGGUCCCCUGACUGUCUGCAGGAGUGGGGGUCCUUCAUCCAGAUCGCCAUUCCCAGCAUGUUGAUGCACUGUUUGGCCUGGUGGGUCUAUGAAGCGGGAGGCUUCCUCACGGGCCUCAUCAGCGAAGUGGAGCUAGGCGCUCAGGCUAUCGUCUACGAAAUAUCAUCUUUUGUUUAUAUGAUCCCAACGGGAGUGUCUGUGGCGGCCAGUGUGCGUGUCGGAAACGCCCUCGGUGCUGGAAAUACGGAACAGGCCAUAAUGUCUUCCAAGCUCUAUGUCAUUGUCGGAGCUAUAGCGGCAUGCAUUACUGCAGUUGUACUCGGAGUCUCGAAGGACGUGAUUGGAUACAUUUUCACUACAGACCCAAAAAUUGUUCAGCGGGUUGGUGAUGUCAUGAUCUUGUAUGGCUUUGUACAUGUCGGUGAAACCCUUGCGGGUGUGACUGGAGGUGUAAUCCGAGGUGUAGGAAAGCAGAAGGUUGGUGCUCUGUGCAAUAUGGUGGGGUACUACGUCUUUGGAUUACCAAUUGGAAUUUUGCUCAUGUUCCCAGCUGGAUUGGGUAUCGUAGGUUUGUGGUCAGGACUAUUUGUUUGUGUUGCAAUAGAGAGUGGUUUCUAUUUAGUGUAUCUGCCCAAAAUGGACUGGCAGAAAGUCACCAAAGAGGCCUUAGUGAGAGCAGGUGCACACCUAACAGAUAGGAAGGAGAAGCCUGUAAUGGAGCACAAGGAUUGUUGGCUGGAUAAGGUCUGUGAGACAGACCAGGGGAAGGCCUCUGGGGCUGCCGAUCCAGGAGCCACUCAGGUAACCCCAGAGCAGGGAGCCAGUGGAGCAGUGGUCCUCACAGUCAGACAGCUGACUGUACGCCGGGGCCUGGCCCUGCUGCUCAUGGCUCUCCUACUGGCUGCUGGGGUCCUGACCAACGAGAUGCUCCUCAGGUUUUUACAAUUGACCUGAAUGACAGAACUGCUCAUCGCUCCUCGUCGACCACAGAAAUGCUGUGGUCAGAAAUAAACUCCCGUUCCCUUUUUUGGGCAGAAAGUUAAACUCUGAUACCUACAUUAAAUGCAGUACCCUCAUACUUUGUGUAAUAUAUUGCCAUCCAUACU